CUACCUUACCUACCUACGUUACGCUUUGCUCUCUGCUCUGUGCAGCUCUCCUAGCUUUCCGCUAGAGCGGCGCAGUCUUCACGUCUGCUGUUCUCUCACUCACUGCCUACUUGCAUACUUCCUUGCACUGCUGCAUCUUUUUGGACUCUUGCCCGGUCGCGAAUCUGAUUCUUUACUUGCCUUCCUACCAUCCUACCUACCUACCUGCCUACAUCUACACUCUGUUUGUCUGUCUGUCUGUCUACCUCAUCUACCAUGGCGGGCAUAUUCCGUCGCAUCUACGACUGGCUGCUGCGCCUGUUCUGGGCCACCGAGAUGGACAUCACCAUGAUCGGGCUGCAGAAUGCUGGCAAGACGUCGUUGUUGAGAGUUCUAGCGGGAGGGGAAUUCACAGUCGAGUACGUCCACUUGCACAACUUUGCAGCGCAAGCCUGAGCCCAGCACUGUUUCCGCAGUGUCUGCCUCUGCGGCUUUGCGCUACCCAUGUGCACCAAUGUGGUUGGUCCAUGCGCUGAUCCUUGGCCAUAGCUCCAUCCCCACCGUCGGCUUCAACAUGAAGCGUGUCCAAAAGGGACAUGUAACGCUGAAAUGGUGAGCCGGUCCUGAUAUUCGUCUGGUCACGCACAUCCGCCUCUUGCAGCGCCAAGCCUGUUUGAUGCCGCGUCGCGGGCUGCAGGUUAAUGUCCCCUGUUGAAAACCCCACCAGCUGACCACCACCUGCAUCAUAGUUGGGAUCUGGGAGGCCAACCUAGGUUUCGUUCCAUGU